GAUGUUUGCUAUGUGGCUAUGCUGCUACUGCUUCUACCUAGAGUCUAGAGUAGUAACUAGAGUAAACAUGGGCGGUUUGGCGAGACUCUCGUGCUCUGUAAGCGCUGUGAGAAUUCUGUUCACUAAGAUGUCUGUUACAAAAGCCACGACUGCCGAAUUUCACCACUGUGCGGCAGCCGCCGAUGCGAGCCUCCUGCGCAGCCGUUCACCGACCCGUGUGUGCAGGCGUUUCAGAAAUCGGAAGAUACUGUCGUGGCCUACCGACUACCUGCCGUUCGAGUGGUCCUACCCAGCGCCUCCCGAUGUGAUCGCCAAAUGCGGGGACGGCGACACCGGGCCAACCGACCCGACCAUGCCGUUGACCGGAUUCGAGCUGUCCGACGAACUGAAGACGGCUUCGCUGGAAGUGAAAAAGGUUUUUAGCUUGCAGCUCGCGAGCCUGAGGCAGAUACACGAAGCUAAAAAGCACAGAUUUGUGAAGCUUUGCCAGAGGCAUCCAUACGACUUUGAUUCAUUCGAGUACAAAGUUGCUCACAAGACGUUUCUCGUAAGGAAGCUCAAGGAGCUCUAUAACAUUCAGCCAAAGCGCAGGGAUCUGAAGGAUGCACUUUCCAAGGCCAUCGAGGGACGGAACAAGGCGCUCAAAUAUCUGUACCGGUAUGACCGUGAGCGCUUCCGCUCCGUUGCCUGCACACUGCAGGUCACCUACACUCCAGCCCAGCUGCACCACAUCAAGCUGCCCGUGACGAAGAAAGGCGACCUCCGGCGCCUGACGGCCGAGUAUUGCGACCGAAUGAAGCAAGACAAAAUGAACUCAUUCCACGAGAAACUCAAGGCUGAACAGGUCGCCUUCCUUGCGGAGAAAAGGUGCGCUGAAGAGUGGAUCAGUGCAGAAGGAGAAAGGCUGCGACUUUCCCAGAAUGAGCAAAAGAGCACAGAGUACAUGGGUAUUUUUAAACAACCCACACACUGCUCAGAAUAAAAUGUGUGACACGUUU